AGACCAUCUGAACUGCGCAGCGUUCGCCCCAGGCCUCGGCCCGGUCUAGGGGUGGAGGACAGGUUCAGCACCACGGACAGCACCCUCGGCCCCGCCUCCUGUCCUGUGCCGAAUGUGCGGCCCGGGACCAAUCUGGUCUCGGGGUGGGCCCUAGGCGUUGCUGGCUUUUCUAAGUGGGAUGAAGGACUCUCGUGCAUUCCAGAGCAAUCUCUACGCCCCAGCCGGCUUCUCGUUUUCCUGAACCCGGUGCCGCUUCCAGCGCCCGCCCGGGAGACAAGAAGUCGAGCGUCCGGAGGCGCGCCCCCCGGGGGGCUGACAACCCGCCGGGCUCGGAGCGCGGCCGUCAUUGCUUCUACAAUCAGUGCAUGUUCUUUGCUGACGUCAGUCGGAGCUGUCUUGGCGCUAUAUAAGGCUGGCGGCGGUCCCGGGACAGACCCCGUGCUCCCCGAGGCGCCCUCAGACGGUCCCGAGAGACAGAUUGGAGCUCCGUCUCGCACCGUGCAAGCCCUACCUGUGAGUGGCUCGGAGCAUCGGCACCAGAACUCUGCGCUCGUUUCUCCCACGGCGACCCCCCAAGAGGGAGUGAGGGGUGGCACAGGACGGGGGCAGUGGCUGGGGCUGGAGGGCAUACUGUGGGCAUCGGGCGGCAGCCGGAGGGACCCGGCGGGGGCGCUGGAUGUGGCGCCACCUGCGGCUGCCCUGGACGCGCCUUACCCUGCCCUGCUCCUGUGUGUCCAGGGCGGCUGCACCAUGAGGCGGGCAGGACGCGCGGCGCUGCUGGCGGCGCUGCUGCUCGUGGCACAGCUGCGCCCAGGGAGCAGCCGCUGGAGCCGGGAGGCGGCGGAAGCCGGGGUCCCGGACCCGAGUCUGCGCUGGAGCCCCGGGGCGCCAAGCCAGGGCGGCCGGGCCCGCGCGCUUCUCUUGUUGCUGGCUGAGAGCAUCCCGCGCCGCGGGGAGCCGGGCCGAAGGGGAUCCGGGACGGCAGGCGAGCGGCCACGACGGGACGACCCCCCACUGUCCAUCGACCUCACCUUCCACCUGCUGCGGACCCUGCUGGAGCUGGCGCGGACGCAGAGCCAGCGGGAGCGCGCCGAGCAGAACCGCAUUAUAUUCGACUCAGUGGGCAAGUGAUCAAUCCGGUCCGGGGCCGCGAACACCUUGACCCUCACCCCCCACCUCUGGGCUGGGAUGCGCGCGACCGAACUGACCCGGACCCGCCCGGCCAGAGAGGCCCUGGCCUGAGCAUUCUUUACGUUACUAUUUUUUAAUAA